AGCACGUCACUCUCCUGUGCUGUUCGUGCGGGUGCAGGUUGAAUGCGCGGCGACAAAGUAACUCCAGCAAUCGCUGAGAGUAAAUGGAGAGAAGUUGAACUUUAAUCGCGCAAGUCCGCAUAGACCAUAGUGUUGUAUUUUUUAUGUAUCCGUAACCUUUCACUAUUGGGAUUGUAAGCCAUUUCAAAGUUUUAAAACUGUUACCUCAAAGGAUGUCUUUUUAUUUCCAGAAUGGAUUUGAUUCGCGUCCCCUGCAUUGUUCUGCUGUGGACAGUAGUGUGGAGUACCUAAAGCCUUAGAGGAGUCCGACACACUUUGUUUUUUAUUUCUUUCUUUAGACGCACCUUCAGUUGCAAACAAUUUUAACUCUUGCGUGGGUAUUUUGUGUGCUGUUUCCCCCCCAAAAUGGAUAUUACAGUGUCUGAACUCAUGUCUAACUUCAUGGAUUCGCCGCUUGUGGUUUGGGUCAAGACUUUUGGACCCCUUGGGUCCAGUUCAGAAGACAAGCUCUCCAUGUUCAUGGAUUUAGUGGAUGGUGUCUUCCUCCAUAAGAUAAUGACACACAUAGACCCAAGCCCCAUGAAUCAGCGAGUCAACAAACAAGUCAACAAUGAUGUCAACCUGAGAAUACAGAACCUCAACACUGUCAUCCGACACAUCAAAAACUACUACCAGGAGCAUCUUCAGCAGCUCAUCCUCAUGAACCUGCCCAAUGUGCUGGCCAUCGCCAAGGACCCAUUAUCAGGUAAAAGCAUGGAGGAGGUGAAGAGACUGCUGUUGCUGAUACUGGGCUGUGCUGUUCAGUGUGAUCGUAAAGAAGAAAUGAUUGAGAAGAUCAAGCUGCUUGACAUUGAAACACAAGCCGCCAUCGUGACGCACAUUCAAGAAGUAACUCACAACCAGGAGAAUGUUCUGGAUCUGCAGUGGAUGGAGGUCGGGGAGAUUCCUGCUGAGCAGUUGGACCCUCUGUCUCGGACCAUGGCCUUUCACCUACGCAAACUCGUAGACGAGCGAGAUGAGUCUGCUGAGCUGAUCAUAGAGCUGACCCAGGAGAGGGACUAUCUUCAGUCCCAGCAGCCUUCCAGUCUCUUGGGCUUUCCCAGCCCUGAGCACACAUCUCUAUCCCCCGUCACCCUACUGUCUAAAGAAGAUCGACAGCAUUUAGCUGUGGAGCUGGCUGACGCAAAGGCCAAACUCCGGCGCUCCCGCCAAGAGUUGGAGGAGAAGACCGAGCAGUUGAUUGAUGCCAAGAACGAGAUUGAGCGCCUGGAUGCAGAGAUGCAGAAACUCAAGCAGGAGAACAUGCAGUUACUGGCAGAGGCACGUUCGGUGCGGGCGUACCGUGAUGAGGUGGAUGCUCUGAGGGAACGUGCUGGAAAAGUGGAUCGCCUGGAAACCGAACUGUCUCGCUUCAAAGAGAAGCUAAAUGAUGUCCAUUUCUACAAGACACGCAUAGAGGAGCUAAGAGAGGACAAUAUGACUCUGCUGGAGACAAAGUCAAUGCUGGAGGAGCAGCUUGCUGGGGCCAGGGGGCGCUGUGACAAACUACACGAACUAGAGAAAGAGAACCUCCAGCUGCGCUCCAAAUUGCAUGAUAUGGAAAUUGACAGGGACAGUGAUAAGCAACGUCUAGAGGAGUUGCUGGAGGAGAACAUGUUGCUGGAGAUCUCUCAGAAGCAAAGCAUGAAUGAGUCGGCUCACCUUGGCUGGGAACUGGAGCAAUUGGCCAAGAACAAUGAGGUCAAUGAGGCCCGUAAGUCAUUUGUGUUUGAGCUGAACGAGACCGCAUCUAGCCGACUGUUGAAGCUGGAGAAGGAGAACCAAUGUCUUCAGAGCACCAUCCAGGAGUUGAGAGAGACCUCCAUUACCAUGGAAGAAGGUCACCUGCACGCACUGGAACUGGAAAGAGAGAAUCAGAGCCACAGCAAGAAGUUGGAGCGUCUGCAGUCCCAGUUGGAACAGGAGAAACAGACAACUCAGGACAUGGAGAACCUUGGAGAGGAGCUGCUAAAAGACAAACAAAGACUGGAAAAAACUCUAGAGACAAUCCAGGCAGAUAAAGACAGACAGAUCUCAGAGUUGGAGCAGGAGAAAGAGCACCUGACCCAGGCCAUGAACUCCCUCAGGAAACGUGCUCAGGUGAACAGCGAGGCGCGUGUGAGGGAGGUGGAGACAGAAAACCGUGUUCUCCACCAGACCAUCUCUGAAACUGGUAGUAAACUGGCUCGUCUGGAGGCUGAGAAACGACAGGUGACUAAAGAGCUCGACUCUCUCCGUGAACGAGGAGAGCACUGUGAGGAGUUGGAAAGGGAGGUAACACGUCUGGAGCGAGUCCGAGAACAGCUACAGAGGCAAGCUGCCUCCUUAAAGAUUGGCAGUGAACGCGCCGAGGCCCUGGAGCGUGAGAAUGCUACUCUGGAACAAGACAAUCGUCGGCUGAAGAAGCUGGCUGACACGGCGCAGAAUACCAGCCUGCGCUUGGCUGUUCUGGAGAAGGAUCACCAGCAACUUGAGGAGGAGAACCUAGAGCAGCGACGUGCCUUGGAGACCCUGCGGCCGGCUGCCGCUCGCCUUGCUCAACUACAGCAGGAACAUGCCGAACUAGAGCGGGAACACGAGGAGAUGUGCCGCACGCUGGAGGAGCUCCGCUCCCAGGCCAAGAGAAGCGAAAGACUAGAGAAAAACUACAGCAGUCUGAGCCAGGAAAACCAACGGCUCCAGCAGACCCUGGACAACAGCGCCACCAAGAUUCAGGGUCUAGAGGGCGAGCUGAAGCAGAAUGAGGCAGAGAUGAAAGAUCUGCGGCGAGAGUUGGAGGGGUUGAGGCAGAUGGUGUCAUGGGCGGAAGCAGUGGAGAAAGAGAAGAGAGGAAUGGAGCAGGAAUUGGGCCAGGUGGAGAAGGAGAAGAAGCAGCUGGAGAAGGAGACACGUAGGUUGAGGCAGCAGUUGGAGGUGAAGGAGACAGCGCUGGAAGAGAACUGCCUCAGGCUGGCUAGCAUGGAGAAAGAAAGCACGGCUCUCAAUAAAGAGUUGGGCUGCCUUAAAGAGGCUGCAGGGAGACUUAAAGAGCUGGAGAGAGAGAACAAAGACCUGCAAAAACAGGCCACCAUUGAUAAGAAGACUCUGGCCACACUAAGAGAGGAGCUGGUGAACGAGAAACUGAGGGUGCAGCAGCAGUGUAAUGAACUGGAGAAGCUGAGCCACGAGCUGGAGAAGAUCGGCUUGAACCGAGAGAAACUCCUACAGGAAGAACACAGCUGUGAAGACAAUAAAUAUAAGAUCCUGGAGACAAAGAUUGAGUCUGCACUUAAGAAGACUCUGGAGCUGAGAGAGGAGAAGAUCCAGAGCCUGGAAUCUCGGCUGGAGGAGAGCAGCAGCUUAAACCAGCAACUUCGCACUGAGCUCACCACUGUGAAAAAGAACCUGGAGGCCCUCAAGCAAAGGCAAGAGGAAGAGGCGGCUCACUCUGAGAUCUCCCAGCAGUCAUUGGGGCAGGAUAGAUCGAGGCCUAAUAAGGAGAAGUGGGAGACUGAACAUAGGGAGACCACAGCCGAACUGCUCAAGCUGAAAGACCGACUAAUCGAUGUUGAGAAGAAUAAUGCUGCCCUGCAGACAGAGAAAAAUCUUCUGAAGGAGCAGCUGAAGCAGUUAGGUUCCCAGAAUGCACAGCUCAACGCACAAACACUAGCUCUGCAGAAACAGGCAGCGUCCUUACAAGAGCAUAACACCUCUCUUCAUAAAGAUACUGCUAAACUGCAGGUGGAAAAUUCGACACUAAGCUCCCAGAGCUCCUCUCUCAUGGCUCAGUACGGAGCUUUACAGGCUCAGCUGCAAACUCUGGAGUCAGAGGCCGAGUCUCUUCAGAAACAGUGCGAGGAGGCGUGUACGGCCCGCGACCGGGUCACGCAGGACCACGAGCGCCUGCUUGCCGUGCACGAAAGGCAAGCGACUGAGUAUGAGCAGCUCAUGACCCGACACGCAGAACUGAAGGGCAACCAGAGAGCUCUGGAGCGAGAACACCGCGCACUGGAGAGCAAAUACACGGUUCUCCUGAAGCAGAAGGACGCUAUGGAGACACUGGAGGCGUCUCUACACAGGGACAGAGAGAGUCUGGGAGAGGAAAUUCACAAGAACACUCUUAUCCUGGGGGAGAACCGCAGUUUGAGAGAAGAAGUAGACAGACUGACACAGCCGCACAUGCAGCUGAGGCAGGAGUAUGACAGCCUGCAACUGCAGACCAAAGAACUGAAAACCUCUCUGAAUGAGUCCCAGCUGGAACUGAAUCGCUGGCAGGCGCGUUACGACCAACUGAAAGAGCAGCAUCAGGGCCUGGACAUCUCAAUGACCAAACUGGACAACCACUGUGAGCUGCUAAACCGUUUGAAAGGAAACUUGGAAGAGGAAAACCAUCAUCUUCUCAGUCAGAUCCAGAUGCUCAGCCAACAAAAUCAGACCCUGUUGGAGAGAACCAUGGAGAGCAAAGAACUUUACCAUGAAGAACAGAAACAAUACAUUGAUAAGCUGAAUUCUUUACGGCGACAGAAGGAGAAAUUAGAGGAGAAGAUCAUGGACCAGUAUAAGUUCUACGACCCGACUCCUAAAAAGAGCCGGCAUUGGGCUGGAGCCAAAGCAAUAGCGAAAUUCAUCAAACCUAAGAAAGAUAGUCAACGAGAACGAACUGACGCUCCACGCGAGAGAAUCCGAAGCGCUCCAGACAUCCCUCUGCCGGAGAUCCCCACAUGUAUGGACUGUCCCGAGAGCGCAACACCCCUUCCCCCUCCACCGCUGCCCCCCAGACAGUCACGUCUCAGUCUGGACUCCAUGAACAAUCACUCUGCAGAGGAGAAUCAUGUACAGUCCCCAACACUUUCACCCGCCCUCAACGGCCGAGUGUUGAACGACAGUGGAGGGUCCAGAGGCAGAGAGGGCUAUCGUUCAGUAGGGGGCGGUAGUGAGAGCAUGAACGGGUACGAAGAACUGAUCCGGUGGCGGGGCCGAGAGCCAGGAGCCACCUGUUCAACUCCACUGAGCCGCAACUCCCACAAUGCACCAGGCUACACGUCGUCCUCCAGCAUGCGGCCGGGACGCAGGCCAAAGGGAUUGGUCUCCGAGGAAGACUUGCACCAUCAUUCCCCAGAUGCUGGCUUUGGGAGCGGUGUCCAUGGAAACACAGGCCACCGGCCCAGCUCUGCUGAAUUCACCUCCAGCAGCAAUUCCCCUGUCAGCUCCAAAGGUUCUCUGGACUGCCUGCAGGGCCGAUCUGCCAGUCUGUCCAGUGAUGAUGUUGUCGGACUGGGACAUGAAGGCUCACGUCUCAGUCAGUCAUCUCUGAUUCCUCGGAGCUCCACCCUUCCCUGUGAUGCCCUGUCUGCUUCACGCUCUUCCCAGCGGCCCACCUCUCAGCGGCCAUCCUCUCCUGGCAGCGAAAUGGUCACCCUGGAGGAGUUCUUGCAUGAGAGUAACGCCCUGUCCCCACCCACUGUGCAGACAGGAAGUCGAGAGGAUCUGAUGACUGAUUAUUUCACCAGAUCUACUCGACCUGUCCCUCUGCGAGAUGGCGCUAAAACCCCCACCAAUUAUGUCACGCCAACCAUCAAGACUACUCCACCAGAACUAGAUGGUCGGGCCCCAAAACCUGGACACAGUGUCAAACCGAGCGUUCGGCUCACGGAGACCUCCACACCUCCUUCUCAUUCGCAAACCCUUCCUAACAGAGGAGCGGGACUGAGGUCUGCACCUUUGCAGCAGUCCAGUCCUCGCGGAGGUGUGGGCAGCAGCACCAGCCUGAGUCGUACAUUUAGCCUGGCCUCCGCAGACCUCCUCUGCUCCAACGGGCCGGACGCUUACCGUAACGAGGCAAAAUCUCCCAGCCAAAACGAAGUGGUGGUGAGGAGGUCUGGAGUAGUCAACAGAGAAAGACCGAUGUCCGCUAGGCUGGCUGGUUCUUCGCCGCUGCCUGGAAACCCAGGGCACAUAUCCGUGGACCCCCGCCGUCUAUCUCUCGCUCCACCGAGAGAUGAGUUGUCCCUAGCUAGUCCGCCUCCAGUGCACUCUUCGUCUAUGUCACUGCAGGCUGAACGGGAAUACGUUGGGAGCGGUAGCAGCAGGGCAGGAGCGGUCCGUUCUGGACCUGCUCAAACCCGAGCAGCCCCCCAUCGUGGUGAGGUGGCCAUGGUGUCUCCGGUGCGAGCCGUAUCGGCGCUGAAGGAUUUGGAGGAGGAACCUCGGGAGCAAAGGCAGGCAGAGUCGCCUGUGUUGAAGAAAGCAGACACUGCGGACUUAAGCUACGCCACCAAGGAGCAGCCCACCAGCAAGCCUGCUUCUCCAGACCCCAACAAUGACCCUCAGACUGUUUGGUAUGAGUACGGCUGUGUGUAGAACCUCAGACUUGGUUAAGAAACACGUAUGAAACUGCACUGUUAACAAAUAAAAGCCCCAGGCAGCUCUGGGAGACUGGUCAUGUCCUUCCUCUCUUAAGUUUCUCUAGGUGCUUCAAAGGCACCAGUUGCAUUUGAAGGUCUUGCACAUGUUCACACUGACCUGAAAACUAAUGUAUGGGGCACUUGAAUGUAUUUUCCCCCUUCGUAUCCAAUUGAAUGCCAUUGAUUUCCACAGCUCUCCGCAGCUCCAUGGCAGGCCAGUUCACGUUCUAUUCUGAAUGUGGAAAACAAACGUUGGGCUGUGUGCUAGGAGCCACUCCCAGCGUAAUUACUGAGUAGCGACUGCAUCCAUCUUUAGGAGGCGCAGGACAGUUGCAGGUCCAUCACCGAGACAGCCUCAUAGGGACCCAUUACGGGAAGCGGCCUCUCUCUCAUUCGCUCCCUGCUGACAUACCAAACAAUCUGCUCUUUUCUGCUUCUUGUGGGUGACCAUGUAUUCGCUGUAGGACCUGGGUUUGGCUCAGACUGCGUUCAGAAGCACGCAACACUGAGCCAGAAAGAGACGGACAGAAGAUCAUUGGACAUGAGAAUAAGAAAGCACCUACCUUGUGAUAUAAGGUGGAAGAAUGUAUCGGGAAUCGGUUUUGAGGGGGAAUCUGGAGUGCUGGACAUGUUGGCAAGUUUCACACAAGCAUUUAAAGUAGUACUAAUAAGAAAUUGAAGUUUAGUUUGGUGUUUUUUUUUUGUUUGUUUAGUUUUGUUUUUCCAACACAUUCAUUUUAUAACACUGCACAACUGUUCUUUUAUUGGUUUAUUUAUUAAUGUCCUUGAGACAAUUAAUGACACUUGUUUGUGUUGUUGUUCUGAAGUGUGUGUAUGCAAGUGUAUGCCUCAUUUUUCCAAAACUGCUUUUUUGUUUUGCAUGAUUGAUUGGUUAAGUCUGAUAAUGUUGAACACUGGAAGAACGUAGUCUGAUUAUAAUUUUAUUUUUCGUAAGAGAAGUAUGUAGGUAAAAAAGCCCAUGGAAUCCUGAAAUCCCUCACUCAUGUCACCAACCUAGCACCCCUUGUUCCUUGUCAGUGGUGCUUUUCUGCCAUCUCGUGUCACCAUCUCCAACUUCUGAUGGUCUGCAGGGGCUUUCACAAGUCAAAGGCAAGAGCUGAUCACCAAAGGCAAUGGUGUAUCUUCAUAGAAAUAUAUUUGGAUCAAACAUUCACACUGGGUGUGUGAAUAUAAGGAGAGUCUCCUGUUUGAAUGUGCACAACUACUGGUUAAAUGAUUUUAGAUAAACAGUUGUUUUUAUACACUACUGCACAUGAACAUAGAUCAGUGCCUGUAAGAUAUUGUGUUUGAUGCAAGGAGUAGAUACCCUAACAACCUUUUACACUUAAUGUUAAGUUUAUUGUGAAUGAUAGAAGCCUGUUUAGAGAAAGCUGUUUUCCAAAACCUGAACUCUUUGUAAUAAAGCUUUUUUAAAAUAA